CUCAUGUUUUUGUCGCCUCAGUUCUCACUCACCCAUAACCCUCAUUCACAUCCGUUCCACUCAAACACCUCAAGCUCAACCCUCACAACAUAACAUCAUCAUCAACUUGAAACCUGCCUCUAUAGAACUGAGUGAGGUAACUUCAUCACCAUCAAAAAACAUACAUCAACCACCCGCCUCUACUCCGAGAGCAAAUAGAAACAAAAUAACGGAAAGAAAAAAGAAAAAAAAAUGGCAGUCGACAUUCAGGCAUUCGCGCAAACCCAACUCUCCCUCCUCGCGUCCGAGCUCGCCGCCGAGAUAGCAGAGUCCUCGGCGCUGGUGUCCCUGCACUCGCCCACGGCGCUGCAGCGCGCCGGCGUCGCGUUGACAAACCUCACCGUCACCGCGCAGCGCACCGGCUUGGGCGGGAAGACGGUGCUUGAGUUAGGGCCCGAUCCGGCCACUGCUUCUUCUACAAGUAGUAAUAGUAGUAGUAGUGGUGGUGGUGGUACAGUGGAGUUGCCGGAGCAUGGCGUCCGCACGGGGGAUAUUGUAUUGGUUGCCGAGCAGCCUAGUGCGCAGGCGAGGAAGAGGGAGGUGAAGGAGCUGGAGGCGAAGGGGGUGAAGGGGGUUGUGACGAGGGUGGGGAGGGGGUUUGUGGCGGUUGCGGUGGAGGAGAGGGAUGGGAGUGGUGGUAGUGGUAAUAAUAACAACGAGUUGGAGGUGGGGGAGAAGAGGGUGUGGAUUGUCAAGGUGGCUGAUGAUGUUACCUUUCGGAGGAUGAAUGCCACGAUGGAGAGGCUGGCGAAGAUGGGAGAGGCCGACUACAGCCCGUUCAUCAGGGUGCUGUUUGGCUUGUCUUCGCCGUCGCCGGUUCCGGCGGAUCUCGCAAACGAUCCCGAAGUGGGACGGAUUGAGUGGGUAGACCCGACGCUGAAUGACAGCCAGAAGGAUGCCAUCCGGUUUGCGCUGGCGUCGAGGGAGAUCGCGCUGAUCCACGGCCCGCCGGGGACCGGCAAGACACACACGCUCAUCGAACUCAUCCUCCAGCUGCUCAAGCGCAACCUCCGCAUCCUCGUCUGCGGGCCGUCCAACAUCUCGGUCGACAACAUCGUCGAGCGGCUCGCCCCGCACAAGGUGCCGCUGGUCCGGCUGGGCCACCCUGCCCGCCUGCUCCCGUCGGUGCUGAACCACUCACUCGACGUGCUCACGCGCACGUCCGAAGCAGGCGCCAUCGUCCAGGACGUGCGCGCCGAGAUGGACGCCAAGCAGGCCUCGAUCCGCAAGACGCGCAGCGGCAGGGAGCGCAAGGCCAUCUAUGCGGACCUGAAGGAGCUGCGCAAGGAGUACCGCGAGCGCGAGCGCCGGUGCGUGAGCAAUCUCGUGGCCGGCAGCAAGGUGGUGCUGGCGACGCUGCACGGGUCCGGCGGCUUCCAGCUGCGCGACGAGCAGUUUGACGUCGUCAUCAUCGACGAGGCGAGCCAGGCGCUCGAGGCGCAGUGCUGGGUGCCGCUGCUGGCCGCGAAGAAGGCCGUCUGCGCGGGCGACCAUCUGCAGCUGCCGCCGACGAUCAAGUCGCUUAAUUCUAAUUCCAAGAGCAAGAACAGCGGCAGCAAAAAGGAAAAGGGGAAGGAUGCCGCGCCCAACGGGAACGUAAUAAAGGGGGCUACGCUGGAGACGACGCUGUUCGACCGCCUGCUGAAGCUACACGGUCCCUCCAUAAAAAGGAUGCUCACGACGCAGUACCGCAUGCACGAGAAGAUCAUGCGAUUCCCGUCCGACGAGCUUUACGAGGGGAAGCUCAUCGCCGCAGACGCGGUCAAGGCCAGGCUACUGAAAGAUCUGCCCUACGACGUGGACGCCACCGACGACACGACCGAGCCGCUCAUCUUCAUCGACACGCAGGGGGGCGACUUCCCCGAAAAGAACGAAGACGAGCAGGACGCCGGAGGAGGCAAGAAGCUGACCAAGAGUAGCCUCUACGGCGACAGCAAGAGCAACGAGAUGGAGGCGGCGCUGGUAAGGCAACAUGUGCGCAGCCUGGUCGAGGCCGGGGUCAAGCCCGAGGAUAUCGCGGUGGUGACGCCGUACAACGCACAGCUUGCCAUCCUGGCCCCGUUAAAGGAGACCUACCCGGGCAUCGAACUGGGGAGCGUCGACGGUUUUCAGGGCCGAGAGAAGGAAGCUGUCAUCGUUAGUCUGGUCCGGAGCAACCCGGACGGCGAGGUCGGCUUCCUCGGUGAGAAGCGGCGCCUAAACGUGGCCAUGACGAGACCCAAGCGAUCACUGGCUGUCAUUGGAGACUCCGAGACGGUGAAAAAGGGCAGCAAGUUCUUGAAGGACUGGAUGGAGCAUCUCGAGGAGAAUGCCGAUCUCCGGUACCCGGAGCUGGCAUCGCUUGCUCGAGACGCAUGAUCGGAGCGGAGCACCGGCAGGACGGGAAGAGAAAAGUCAACUACCUAGUGUAGUCCGCGCAUGUUGAUGCAUCGCAAUCCGGGCCGAAUAUUCGGUGUCGACGUCGAGAUCCAGAUGGAAGGUGCCUCUGUUCAAGGAUGGCUGACUAACAAUGCUGAAAGUCUCACUUUUUGGGGGGGUGAGAUAACCUUAUCGGAGAUUCCUGC